GGCAGAAAAUUGAAGAUAGCAAGUUUACCAGAAAAUGUACAAGACAAAUCCUACAAAUCGAAGACUAAUUCAUGGAGGAUGAAUGAUACUGGAUGUUGCAUUUAUGAGGAUUCCGAUUUUUUUAGACUUGAUAUUCAGGCAAUAUAUCCGCAAGAGGAUGGAUUACCAUUUCCUGAUAAUGAAUUUGAUCAUGUGCACCAAAUGGGAUUUUUGUUUUACCUGAGCUCGUUAGGUAUAAACAUAAUACAUGUACCUAAUACUAACUCAUACAUUAAAAUAUACUUUUUAAAACAAAAUAACGACGUAAAAGUAAUAUAUGAACAUGAUUCAUUGCUUGAAUCACAACCAAACAUAACAAAAGUUCAUCGAGAUGAAAGAGAGAUUAUUGUAGAACCCAAUGGUGGAAUCACUAAAGAGGAAUAUCAAAGGAUGAUAGGAAAUGAACUUACAAAUGGAUUAAAGAAACCAGAUCCGAAUUUAUUAAUUUUAGAUUAUGGGCUCAAAAAACGUAAAAUUAUUUUAUUCGUCUUUUUAAUAAAUAAUUUUAACCCAUUUCCAACCAUGGGUAAUUAUAAUACACGUUUAAAGGGUAGAAACUUAAAAAUACAAAGUAUAUCACAGAAUAUUAUACAGACAAAAUCCAUCGAUGAGAACCUGCCGAACGUGAACCGUAAUUUAGCGAGCGAUAUUGAUUACGUUGAAAACUUAUAUCUAUUUCAUUUUGUUAAGAGGAAUUUAUAUCAAAGUUCUUUUUCUUCACCGGUUGAAGAAAAAAUAAUUCAAGGAGGAUGUAAAGUAUUGGAUGUUGCAUGCGGGUCUGGAACAUGGUUAUUGGAUUUAUCAACUAAAUAUGAGAAUUCCGAUUUUUUUGGACUUGAUUUUCAGGCAAUCUAUCCGCAAGAGAUAAAACCUCCGAAUUUAAAUUUUAUCGAAGCAGAUAUAUUGGAUGGAUUACCAUUCCCUGAUAAUAUAUUUGAUUUUGUACAUCAAGAUAACAUGAUUAGUAUCUUACAAAGAACUCAAUGGGAAUUCGUUUUAUCUGAGCUCAUUAGAGUAACUAAACCAGGUGGAUAUAUUGAAAUAUCUGAAACAAUUCAAACGUUUAAUGGCUUUGGACCAAUCAUGCAGAAAAUUUUUAACAUUUUAUAUUCUUCCCUCUUAAAACAAGAUGUGGACGUAAAAGUAAUAUAUGAUCUUGAAUCAAUGCUUGAAUCACAACCAAACAUAACAAAAGUUCAUCGAGAUGAAAGAGAGAUUAUUAUGGGACCUAAUGGUGGAAAAAUUGGAAUAGCUUGUCAAGAGACAUUUGAAUCGUUUUAUAAUACAAAGAUGACGAUUGAAAUUUUAAGUUCCGAAACAGGAAUCUCGAAAGAAGAAUAUAAAAGGAUGAUGGGAGAUAUCACAAAUGAAUUAAAAGAAACCAGACCCGAAUUUAUUAAUUUUAGAUUAUGGGCUCAAAAAAUGUAA